UCCUCUCCUCUCCUCUCCUCUCCUCUCACCAAACCCACUAACGCUUUCUUUCUCUCUUUCUAUCUCUCUUUUUCUUUCUCUCUUGCCCAUUCUCUGUUUCGCUCCCGCUAAAAAGAUGCCGAAUAGGAAAUAAAAAUCGUAUUUUUAUAUGUAUAUUGUUUUCUUUUAAGGUUGUAUAUCAUUGAAGGCUGUAGGCUGAAGUGAGAGAAAAAAAAAGAAGCAAAAAGACAAAAGAAAAUUAAGAAAAACAAAGAAAAGAAUCAGAGAAAACUCAGGUGCUUAGCUGUGUUGCUUUCUUCUUCUUUGAAGAGAUAAAGAGAGAGCUGGUGAAGAGGAAGAAAGGUGAUAGCUUUCCAUGGUUGCCAAGGUGCUGUCUUUGCUUCUCUUGGUAGUGGUGGUGCUGGCGGCGGCGUCGCCGUUCGCUGGAGGGUCGGUUUGGUACGACCAUAAGGCUAUCACUAUCAAUGGGCAGCGGAGGAUCCUCAUCUCUGGCUCCAUCCACUACCCGCGUAGCGUUCCUGAGAUGUGGCCGGAUCUCAUCCAGAAGGCCAAAGAUGGUGGCUUGGAUGUUAUUCAGACCUAUGUCUUCUGGAAUGGCCAUGAACCUUCUCCUGGAGAGUAUUAUUUUGAAGAGAGGUAUGAUUUGAUUCGGUUCAUCAAGCUAGUGCAGCAGGCUGGUCUCUAUGUCAAUCUCCGCAUUGGUCCCUAUGUUUGUGCUGAAUGGAAUUUUGGGGGGUUUCCUGUUUGGCUGAAGUAUGUUCCUGGGAUUAGAUUUCGCACAGACAAUGAGCCUUUCAAGGCAGCAAUGCAAAACUUCACCGAAAAGAUCGUCUCCAUGAUGAAAUCUGAACAACUGUUUGAGGGGCAAGGUGGCCCCAUCAUUCUUUCUCAGAUUGAGAAUGAAUUCGGGCCAUUGGAGUGGGAUCAAGGGGAACCAGCAAAGGCCUAUGCAAACUGGGCAGCGCAAAUGGCAGUCAGCCUCAACACCGGGGUUCCGUGGAUCAUGUGCAAGGAAGAUGAUGCUCCUGAUCCAGUUAUCAAUACAUGCAAUGGCUUCUACUGUGAUUACUUCUCUCCAAAUUCACCAGAAAAACCUACAAUGUGGACCGAGAAUUGGACUGGAUGGUUUACAGGAUUUGGUGGGCCAGUUCCUACCCGCCCAGCCGAGGAUGUUGCCUUCUCGGUUGCAAAGUUCAUACAAAAAGGUGGCUCUUUUGUCAACUAUUACAUGUUUCAUGGAGGAACGAACUUUGGGAGGACUGCUGGUGGCCCUUUCAUAGCAACAAGCUAUGACUAUGAUGCGCCCCUUGAUGAAUAUGGUUUGCUAAGACAACCAAAAUGGGGCCAUUUGAAAGACUUGCAUAGAGCUAUCAAGUUUUGUGAACCAGCUUUGGUUUCUGGUGAUCCGAUCGUGACUUCUCUAGGAAAUUAUCAAGAGUCUCAUGUUUAUAGGUCAAGCUCCGGAGCUUGUGCUGCAUUCCUUGCCAACUAUGAUACAAGUUCAUUUUCAAGAGUAGCUUUCAAUGGAAUGCACUAUGAUCUUCCUCCUUGGUCUAUCAGCAUACUACCCGAUUGCAAAAACACGGUUUUCAACACGGCAAGGGUUGGAGUGCAGACUGCACAAAUGAAAAUGGAUUGGAUAGGCGGGUUUUCUUGGGAGUCAUACAAUGAAGAUGUUAAUUCUUAUGAUGAUAACUCUUUUACAACAGUCGGGUUGUUAGAACAAAUAAAUAUAACUAGAGAUCAGACAGACUAUUUGUGGUACACGACAUAUGUUGACAUAGACCAAGAUGAAGAAUUUUUGAAGAACAAGCAGUAUCCUGUACUUACAGUUUUAUCAGCUGGUCACUCUUUGCAUGUUUAUAUUAACGGUCAAUUAGCAGGAACGGCAUAUGGUGGUAUAGAUAAUCCAAAGUUGACUUACGCUGGAAGUGCAAAGCUGUGGGCAGGCAGCAACAAGAUCUCCAUUCUCAGUAUAUCUGUUGGGCUCCCUAAUGUUGGUGAGCAUUUUGAGACAUGGAAUGCUGGUGUUCUUGGUCCGGUGACCUUGAAUGGUCUUAAUGAGGGAAGAAGAGAUCUAACGUGGCAGAAUUGGACUUACAAGGUUGGUCUAUACGGUGAAGCUUUGGGUCUCCAUUCGCUCAGUGGAAGUUCAUCUGUUGAGUGGGGUGAAGCCUUUCAAAACCAGGCGCUAUCAUGGUACAAGACUACCUUCAAUGCGCCGGAAGGUAGUGAACCAUUGGCUUUAGACAUGAACAGCAUGGGAAAAGGUCAAAUAUGGGUAAAUGGGCAAAGUAUCGGUCGGCACUGGCCUGGUUAUAAAGCUUCUGGUACCUGUGGCAGCUGUGAUUAUCGAGGAACAUAUGAUGAGAAGAAAUGUCAAAUUAAUUGCGGGGAAGCCUCUCAAAGAUGGUACCAUGUCCCUCGAUCCUGGCUAUAUCCGACCGGGAAUUUCUUGGUAGUGUUCGAAGAGUGGGGUGGUGAUCCAAAUGGGAUUUCUAUGGUGAGGAGAAAGACAGGAAGCAUUUGUGCUGAUGUUUCAGAGUGGCAACCAUCAAUGAGCAACUGGCGAACUAAAGAUUACGGGAAAGCAAAAGUCCAUCUAUCUUGUGAUCCUGGACAGAAGAUAACAAAUAUAAAAUUUGCCAGUUUUGGCACUCCACAAGGAACAUGUGGAAGCUUUUCUGAAGGCAAGUGCCAUGCUCAUAAAUCAUAUGACAUUUUCGAGAAGAAGUGUAUUGGGGAGCAAUCCUGUGCUGUAAUUGUAGUGCCUGAGGUAUUUGGAGGGGACCCGUGUCCUGGAACAAUGAAGAGUGUCGCAGUGGAGGCUAUUUGUGAAUAAUGGCACUAAGUCACCCUAUAAUAAGUAAAGAAGGCGAUCAACAUUUCCGUUUUUGGUGCCAUACACAACUCCCUCCGUGUUCAAUUAUUUUUCCUUCAGCAGAUUCUCGAAGUUGCAGAAACAACAACAUCAAGAUCGGUCGAAGGUGAAUGAUAUUUAGUUUAGUAUGACAGCCUCUUAAAUUAGAAACAGCUUGUUGACUAUACAAGCGAAGAUUGUAUGGGUAUUGAUUGGUGGUAUAGAGCAAAUGAGACUCUGCUUAUAUUUUGAGUCCAUUUGCAAAUUCAAGCAGUUUGAGAGCUCACUGGGGCAAACCCCUUGGCUUUCAAAUGAUUGAAAAUUCAAUUGGGUUUUAGUAUCAUUGGUUUAUAAGGGUUGAACUUGUCUGCUUAGUCUGGUCCUUGUAAGAACCAUGUUAUAUUGAAAGGAAUGAAAUUGAUGAGUUUCUCAUA